AUGUUUACCAGACAUAGUAUGAAAAGAAGUAUAAUUGUAAUUGGAAGAUACUUUAGUGAAGGAACAGGUCAAAGUCAAGGUUCGAUAUCGUCUGCGGAAGUUCCUGGUUUGAGUAAUGCUGUAAUUCACAAAUCAUCUCAGCCUGUUGGCCCAGGAGUAGAUCCAAGUAAAAAUGGCCCAUAUAAGGUUCCAGAAUAUUUUCUCUAUGACAAUAUGAGUUACUUUGAAGCAGAGAAGGAGAUGGCUAAAUAUCGCUUGCCUCAGCCUUCAGCUCUUAAGAAGGAGUAA